AAUCCCAUGCACACAUAUACUCACUCCUACUAGCUAGCUCCCAAGUCUGUGAGGAUCAGUGUCCACCAUUGUUCACUGGAGCUAAGUGAACAAGCCAGUGUACAAGAUGAAGAAGGCCAUGAGGAAGGAGAGUGGUAAGAAGCUUGUGGGCAGGGCAGUAGCAAGGGCUCUCGUGUGGCUUUUGCUUCCUGUCCUUGUCUUCGUCGUGCUCUACUCCGAUCACAUGCCGCGGGUUCUUCAAUUACAAGCAACAACUCUUUAUCCUUCAUUUAAUUCGGAUUUGGUCGGCCAUGCACCACCUUCUCCCGCAUCAAGCGAGCAGACGCUCGGCGAGGCCGUCGAUGCACCACCUUCUCCCGCAACAAGCGACCAGACGCCCGGCGCGGCCGUUGAUGCACCCCCUUCUCCGGCAUCACGCGACGAGACGCCCGGCGACGUCAUCAGUGCGAACAAAAGCCAAGGCGACAUCGCCCGUCGACAAGAUACAGAUGUGGCAGCACCAAGAAGCAAGUCAGUGUGCGACUUCAGCAGUGAACGCAUGGACAUAUGUGCCAUGCAAGGUGACGUCCGUAUGCAUGGCAAAUCCGCCACCGUGUACGUGGUCUCGGCGUCUGAUGAUAGCUACCGGCCAGAGAAUGGAACAGUGAAGAUCCACCCGUACCCGCGCAAGUCGGAGGAAGGAACGAUGCAAGCUAUCCGGGAGGUGAGCAUCCGCUGGAGCGGGCUGGAUGCGCCACGGUGCACGGUGACACACGACGUCCCCGCGGUGGUCUUCUCCACCGGCGGCUUCCUCAACAACUUUUUUCACGCCAUGACCGACGGUCUCAUCCCUCUCUUCAACACCGUGCGGGAGUACGAUGGUCGCGUCCAGCUUGUGGUCACUGACUACAACCACAAGUGGGUUGACAAGUUCCAAGACAUCCUCGCCGCGCUCUCCAUGUACCCGGUCAUCGACUUUGACGCCGACAACAAGGUGCGUUGCUUCCCGUCGGUGCACGUCGGCACCGAGAGCCAUAAGGAGAUGGGGAUCAUCCCUGCUUUCUCCCGCAAGGGCUACACGAUGACGGACUUCCGGAACUUUCUCCGGUCGGUCUACUCGCUAAAGCGUGAAUGGGCGACCCCUGUAAACAGGACCGCCGGCGACAGGCCUCGUCUCCUCAUGGUGUUGCGCCGCAAGUCGAGGGCAUUCGCGAAUGAGGCGGAGGCCGUCGCAGCUGCCACAGAUAUCGGUUUUGAGGUGGUGUUGGGGGCCCCGGAGGCCAUGGGCGACAUGGCCCGGUUCGCAGAGGUUGUGAACUCGUGCGACGUGAUGGUGGGUGUGCAUGGUGCAGGGCUCACCAACCUGGUGUUCCUCCCGCGCAACGCGACGUUGGUGCAGGUUGUCCCGUGGGGCGACAUGAGCUGGGGGGCCAAUGCUGCCUUUGGUGCGCCGUCGGCUGACAUGGGGCUCCGGUACGUCCAGUACGAGCCGACCGCCGAGGAGACGACGCUCAAGUACAUAUACCCGAGGGACCACGCCGUCUUCACCGACAUUGCCUCCAUACACAGGCAGGGGUAUGGUAUGACGUGGGCGAUCUUCCUCAACGGCCAGAAUAUCACCCUCGACAUCGACCGCUACAGAGGGGUGUUGCAGCAAAUCUACCAUGAUAGUGUAAUGGCCAAUCCUUCAUUUAAUUCUGUUCCCGUCGUCGAAGCACCGCCUUCUCCGGCAUCAACCGGCGAGACACCCGGCGACAUCCUUGAUGCGAACAGAGAUCUCCAAAACGAAAAGGGGCACCUAGCCAUGAAGGCGGGAUUAGACGGUUCUUCGAUAAAAUCAGAUGUGGCAGCACCAAGAAGCAAGUCAGUGUGCGACUUCAGCAGUGAACGCAUGGACAUAUGUACCAUGCAAGGUGACGUCCGUAUGCAUGGCAAAUCCGCCACCGUGUACGUGGUCUCGGCGUCUGAUGAUAGCUACCGGCCAGAGAAUGGAACAGUGAAGAUCCACCCGUACCCGCGCAAGUCGGAGGAAGGAACGAUGCAAGCUAUCCGGGAGGUGACCAUCCGCUGGAGCGGGCUGGAUGCGCCACGGUGCACGGUGACACACGACGUCCCCGCGGUGGUCUUCUCCACCGGCGGCUUCCUCAACAACUUUUUUCACGCCAUGACCGACGGUCUCAUCCCUCUCUUCAACACCGUGCGGGAGUACGAUGGUCGCGUCCAGCUUGUGGUCACCGACUACAACCACAAGUGGGUUGACAAGUUCCAAGACAUCCUCACCGCGCUCUCCAUGUACCCGGUCAUCGACUUUGACGCCGACGACAAGGUGCGUUGCUUCCCGUCGGUGCACGUCGGCACCGAGAGCCAUAAGGAGAUGGGGAUCAUACCUGCUCUCUCCCGCAAGGGCUACACGAUGACGGACUUCCGGAACUUUCUCCGGUCGGUCUACUCGCUGAAGCGUGAAUGGGCGACCCCUGUAAACAGGACCGCCGGCGACAGGCCUCGUCUCCUCAUGGUGUUGCGCCGCAAGUCGAGGGCAUUCGCGAAUGAGGCGGAGGCCAUCGCAGCUGCCACAGAUAUCGGUUUUGAGGUGGUGUUGGGGGCCCCGGAGGCCAUGAGCGACAUGGCCCGGUUCGCAGAGGUUGUGAACUCAUGCGAUGUGAUGGUUGGUGUGCAUGGUGCGGGGCUCACCAACCUGGUGUUCCUCCCGCGCAACGCGACGUUGGUGCAGGUCGUCCCGUGGGGCGACAUGAGCUGGGGGGCCAAUGCUGCAUUUGGUGCGCCGUCGGCUGACAUGGGGCUCCGGUAUGUCCAGUACGAGCCGACCGCCGAGGAGACGACGCUCAAGUACAUAUACCCGAGGGACCACGCCGUCUUCACCGACAUUGCCUCCAUACACAGGCAGGGGUAUGGUAUGACGUGGGCGAUCUUCCUCAACGGCCAGAACAUCACCCUCGACAUCGACCGCUACAGAGGGGUGUUGCAGCAAAUCUACCAUGAUAGUGUAAUGGCCAAUCCUUCAUUUAACUAGAUGACACGUUGUGCCCUUGACGAAACAUAAUGCUGCCGAGAAGCGAUGCCAUCUAUAUGAAAGCCAUCAAUGAUGGGGUCAAGGAGGAGCGCUAUCACCCCUAUGUUGCUGAUAC